UUUCAUUGGAUCCUCUGUCAGCCAAUGAAGGAAGCUCUUGUACGCAUGUCCUCCUGUGUCCAUGUGAGUAGUGCUCGAAUGCUAGCUAGCUCCUAGCUAAAGAAUCGUCAUGCUGCGUCGCGAGGUGAGGCUGAGGCGGGAGUACCUGUACAGGAAGGCCCAGGAGGACCGUCUGCGGACGGUAGAGGAGAAGAAACAGAAGCUGAAGGGCGCUCUUGAAGAGAAUCGGCUUCUUCCAACGGAGGUACGCAAAGAUGCUCUGCAGCUGCAGGACCUGCUGGAGUACGACGAUGAAGGGGCAGAAGGUGUCAGCUCCCACAUGGACGAUGAGUAUAAAUGGGCCGGAGUAGAAGACCCUAAAGUGAUGGUCACCACCUCCAGAGACCCCAGCUCCAGACUCAAAAUGUUUUCCAAGGAGGUGAAGCUGAUGUUCCCCGGAGCCCAGCGCAUGAACAGAGGAAACCACGAGAUCAAUGCGCUGGUGAGCGCCUGCAAGGCCAACAACGUCACAGACCUCGUCAUCGUGCACGAAACCAGAGGACAGCCAGAUGGGCUGGUGGUAUGCCACCUGCCGUUUGGACCCACGGCUUAUUUCACCCUGUACAACGUGGUAAUGAGGCACGAUGUUCCAGACAUAGGCACCAUGUCCGAGGCCUACCCACACCUCAUUUUUCACAACUUCACCUCGCGACUCGGCAGUAGGGUCUCAAAUAUCCUCAAGUAUCUUUUCCCCGUGCCGAAGGAGGACAGCAGGCGUGUGAUCACAUUUGCCAACCAAGAGGAUUUCAUCUCUUUCAGACAUCACACGUACAAGAAAACAGACCACAGGAACGUGGAGCUGACAGAAGUCGGACCCAGGUUUGAAAUGAAAUUGUAUAUGAUCAAACUGGGCACCCUGGAGAACGAGAGUACGGCCGAUGUGGAGUGGCGUCACCAUGCAUACACACACACAGCCAAGAAGAGGAGGUUCCUCAGUGUGCAGUAGGAGCUAAUAAAGCUUGGACUGUUAUACAAUUCUUUAAAUGUGGAGUUUAUGAAAUGACAAAGUUUUUCUUAGUCGCCUACCAAAUAUGACAAAGUAUAAUGUGUUCAUGUCGAGGGUUUCCCAUAGUCCCUCUGCAUCCCAUCAUCAGGAGGGAAAGUGUGUUUCAAGUAAAUUGAGCCUUUUUUUGACAAACCCAUUGGUUAACAAAGUGCUGUGUGUAUUAUAACUGUAACUGUUGUUUAAUAAAAUUUGUAUAAUGACUUUUA